AUGCACGCGAAGAAUACCCCGUUAAUAUUUUCUCGCUUCGCUACUGCUACUUUUGAAGACAAUACAAACCCAAGUCCGUACAUUAUCUCAAUGGCAAACAAUCACUCACUGGAUUUCAGUUGCCUCGCCUUCGAGAACGAGACACUAUCAGCUAUGACCACACUACCGGGUGACGCCUGUACGGUGGGUGUCGGUACGUCGAUACUAGAGGCCGCCAAGGUUGCACGUAUUGAACUACCGUCACACACCGGAUGA